AUGGAAGACUUUCAAUGUAUGUCACAACGGAGUGAACGUCUUGGUAUCCCCAGCUUCCAAGCGUCGGCUGACCACCGCUUUCGUGACUCGUGUGUGUAGCUCGGUUGACUUCCGUGCUCGCCGCGAUCGGCCAAACCUCGAUCGACUCACUCGAGGACUUCAUCUUUCUACACGGUGCAGCUCGUCUCGUACCUCUCUCAGCCGAUGAGCCUCGCUCUUUAGAAACUCAACAGCUGCCACCCACAACUCCGGCCGAGGAAGUGUCCGAGAUUCGCAAGCGAGCGCUCAUCGAGCUCAAGGACGAGCUCAAGCGCAAGGACAAGGAGCUCGAAUACACCCAUCGCCUGUACGAACAGGAGCGCGAAGAGAAGUUGGGACUCCGAAGAGAUCUUCGGUGGUUCCUCGAUUCGCAGCGCCAAGAGGACCGGCCACCUAGUCAUGCCGAUCCGGCUCGAUCGGCACUCGAAGCUAAAACAUUGGCUCAGCUCCAAACCCAACUCGACGAGGCGAAUGCCGUCAUUGACAAGUUCCAUCAACAACAACAGAAACUUCAAGCCGAGAUUGAGCGAUUAAGACCGGCUUUGGAGCAAGCUCAGCAACGGAAUGGAGCUGCUGCAGAAAGAGCUGUCAAGGGAUUGACCCCACCUGCCGAAACUUUGUCGAGCGCAGCUCAGCCUUCUUCGGCAACCGUCACUCGCAGUCCUGCAACAAGGACGGGCGCUGAUGAUGCGACGACGAGUGCAAAGUCGAAAACAUCAUCUUCCAACGCUCCCGCCUCUACCACAGCUUCUCCGCUACGAUCCGCGCGACUUCAAGAGGCGCUGUACGAGACCUUGCACAAACGCUAUCUCUCAAACAAGAAGCGCGCAGACGACAUCACCAAAUGGGCAAUGACCAAGUUGCAAACCUUCAUCGCUGAUAAUCCCACCUAUCUCGCUCAACUGCCUCCCACGCCACCUCUUCCUCCGACGAGCGUAUUACCCGAGCUUCCACCGCUCAAAGUUGUUCUUGGCGAGCCAUCGGAGGAUGCGGCCGGUCGCUUCUCGGUCGCGCUCAGUGAGCUCAAGAGAUGGGACGAUGAUGCGCAGGCGGUCGUAGGGACCUUGCUAAGGUGGAAAAGUAUCAUCAAGGACACGGCUCGUCGAGUCGCCGCCCUCAAGGAAGCCAAGGACGCCUCGAAAGCCAUCGUCGCCGUCAAGAAGAGGCGUAAAGUCAAAAAGUCUCCUGCCGACCUAAACCCGAGCGCGUCAACGUCCUCGAGUACCAAGAGAUCAUCGUCGCCCCUCAAGGAGGGGAUGAAGGCCGGGUCCCCACGACGGUCACGUCUUGUUUCCGAGGCCCUCAACGGACCUGCUUCGGGCUUGGUCUUGCGUGUCGACGGUGUCUUUGGCAAAGACGCGUCUUCUUCGGCUCCUCCGGCGAGUCCACCCAAACGCGUACUCUCACCCUCGCCUUCUGCGCAAGGCCCUCGCAAGAUUGAUGCGCCGCACGAAGAAACGCAAAUCCCAGACUCGCCGAUGAAGUCCAACAAGCGCAAAGGGGAUCUUGGGCUCGAGGCGUCGGCGUCGGCCAAGUCGAAGCGAGCGCGAAGAUCGUCUUUCAAGACGAACCAGUCACCUCUCCGUUCGGGUGUUCAGAACAGUCAGCUGGAAUCUUCGCCGCAGCGGGGUUCACCUUCGCUGUUACAACGACAGCAAGACCGGUUCUUGUCGCAGAAAGAGCAAAGCAAGAGUCCCGAGGCCGCUUCAAUACGAGCCCCCUCGAUUCCCGCCUCGAGCUGGGGACCCGAACCCGAUACCGAGCCCGAUGACUUUUUCCCACCUGCUGCUCAACACGAUACCGUCGACGAAGCCACACGCUCUCCAUCGGCGAGAGUCUCUUCGCAGGGUACUCGAUCUCAACCUCCUACACAGCCUGCUAUCCUCAAGCCUGUCGAGCUUUCCCCCUUCGUACCGAGUGUGGCUCGGUCCCAGGCGUCGGCAACACGAGCUUCAUCGCGAGGAAUGAUCGUCUCUCAUUCGCCGCUGUCUCAAAACUUUUGGAAAAUCAACGCCUUGCCGGACUCUGAUAGGAAGGCCUCCGUCAACGACGACGAGGACGAGGACGAGGACGACGAGGACAAUGUAUCAAAACGACCUCCAUCACCCAGUCCAUCGGUAGCCAAGCCUAGGAUUUCCUCCUCGCCAGUCGACACGAGGUUGACUCGAACCCCUUUGAUUCGAUCACCCGCGAAUCGACCCAAGGUGACGGAGGAUGAACGGCCGCUUAUGAGGUUUGAUGCUGCUUUGGGUUCGCCGCCUCUACCCCAGGCGGAUUCAAGGGUGAAGAAACGUCGUCAGGGGAUGAAUCAUGCUCCGAUGAAGGAUGUGGACGGGGAUGAAGAGCGGGGUGAUGAGACGCCGAAGCGUGAGAAGUCGAGGGUUCACAAAUUGCGCGAGAGGGACGGGGAAGCGCAGAGCGAUGAUGGGGGAACGGCUGUGGUUCGUAAAAAGGCUGAGACGUUUGCUCGGAAAGAAGGCAAAAAGAAGGCGAGGAAGAGCGAGGCCGAUGCUGAUACGAGAGGGUCAUCGUUGAAGGGCAAGGGGAAGGCUAAAGCAGCCCUCGACGCGGAUCUGGAUGAAGAGCCGAGGGUGGAGCAAGACUCGGAGGAGUUGGUGCAGAGUGAGGACGAUGUGACGGGUCAUGACUUUAUGCGCAAGUUGCACGCCAAACGCGCGAGGGAAGCCGAGGCGAUCGCUGCGGAAAAAGCCAGGAAGACGUGAGUCGGCAAAGUCGUUGGGUAUCCGGCCCACAUUUGUUGACGCCUGAUCCCUUGGCCGUUUGUCGCUUACAGCGGCAAAGCCUCGCCGGAGAUUGAGAUCAACCCCGGGCGCAAUGCGGGCAAGUCGUAUCAUUUUUACGAGGUCGAACGCAACAAGGCUGCGAGGGAGCAAAUGUUUGCCCACGAUUGCGAGGAUUGUGCAGGCGUGAGUCUUGACUGUGUGCCCCAUACAUGUCCCCCCACCACGGGUAGCUGAUUGCCUUGUUCUUGUUGCCUGAAUGCAGUACUACGCUCGCGCGCACGCAGGUCUGGUCGUCCCUCCGAACCAUGUGCGAUCGUGCAACCACGCGAAGACGUCCAAAGGCGCCUCGUCCAACUUUCUUGCGCAACGACAAGAGGCGAUGCAAGACCUAUUGCAAAAGACGUCGAGGCAUCGAAAGCAUCAUCGGCGUGAGUGAUAUCACGGUUUCGGGAGGGUUUGGAUGGACGAAGUUGCUGAUCCGUUCAAUGUUCUCACCUGUUCAGCUGAUCCGACCCCACCUGAUUUUUGGCAAAUGGGUGAGUGUUGCACAAGCCCCCCAGGUCGGAUCGCACCACUUUGCGCCAUCCACCCACUGAUUGGGAAUGCAAUCUCGUCUCGCAGGCUUCCCUUCCACCGCUCAAGUCAACGACAUCAAUGCCCGUGCCGAAGAGAUCCGUCAAGAACGGCAGCGCUAUCAAUUGGCCGAAGCGAGGUAGGUCAGCUUCGUCGGUCGUCCCAUGAAUUAAAAGAGGAUUCUCAUCUGAUCGCUCGAUUCUCGUGCCGAUCAUACAGCAAAGAACAUGGAUUUUAUCGCUAUCGCGAUGACGCGCCCAAAACACGUCGAUAG